AUGGACAAAGGAGACACCCGAGCCUACUUCCUGGGCAUCCUGGUCUGCCUGGGAGGUUUCAUGUUCGGGUAUGAUACCGGUGUUGUCGGCGGUGCCAUCACACUUCACUCGUACAGAGAGUCUUUUCGAUAUCUAGGCUAUAACAAGUCUCAAACAACCCAGGUCAGCUCGUUGGCCGUAGGCCUUCAGCAAUGCGGAUCCUUCGUUGGCUGCUUCGGGAUCUUUCCCAUUGCCUCCCGGUGGGGGCGGAAACCGAGUAUGAUCUUGUCGGCGCUGGUAUUUGUUAUCGGAGCAGCCAUUCAGACAGCCGAUACACAUCAUCUGUCAAGCUUUUACGUCGGCCGGAUCAUUGCCGGUCUCGGUGUCGGCGGAGCAUCGGUGCUGGUGCCCCUCUACUCGGCCGAGAUGUCGCCCAAGAAGAUUCGAGGGCGUAUCGGAAGUGGAUAUCAAUUCCUGUUCACAUGGGGCAUCUUCGUCAGCUACUGGGCAAAUUACGCGGUAGACAAACAUGUCGACCAAAACACGGCGAGGCAAUGGCAAAUUCCCAUCUCGCUCCAGAUCAUCCCUGGCGCUCUGCUCGGUAUUGGCAUGUUCUUCGUUCCGGAAAGUGCACGCUGGCUAGUGCAGAAGGACCGCCACGACGACGCGUGGAAGUCUCUUACAUGGAUCCGAGCCCAUAGCGGUCCUGAGGUGCAGGGCGAGUUGGACGAAAUUCGCGCUACCGUCGUGGCCGAGCGCGAGGCUUCGCGAGGUUCCCUCAAGGUGGAGCUCAAGCAGAAGGUUACCAUCUAUCGAAUGCUACUGUCCUUCACGGUGAUGACUUGCCAGGUCUGUACCGGGGCAAACGCGAUGGCUUACUUUUCUCCCCAAUUCUUCACUCUUGUUGUUGGGCAAGGGACAGAGAACCUGUUGAUCUCAGGAAUCUUUGGUGCCAUCAAGAUUGUGUCGUGCGGCAUCUUCAUUGUGUUCUUGGCCGAGAGAAUUGGUCGCAGAGUCGCACUGUGCGGAGGAGCCAUCCUAAUGUCUGCUUCACUUCUUUGCAUCGCUGUUGUUCUCAAGCUCAAGCCGCCGCCGGGCAAUGGAGAAGUCACCGCCCCUGGAGUUGCUCUGGUAGCAUUGAUUUACUUCGCAAUCAUUGUGUAUAACAUGUCAUGGGGUCCGCUGGGAUGGAUUUACAUUGCCGAAGUUCUCUCCCCAAGAACACGGGACUUGGGAGUGGCCAUCGCCCUGGGCACGCAGUGGAUCUUCAACAUCAUCUGGUCAGUCGCGACGCCUUACAUGAUCAACAAUAUUGGCUGGGGAACAUUCCUUUUCUUCGCCGCAUUCGAUGCGUUCAGCGCAGUCUUCUCUUUUUACUUCGUCAAGGAGACGAUGGGCAAGUCACUGGAGGAGAUGGAGAAUGAGUUUCAUUCUCAAGCUGCGCAAACCCGGCUACCAGUAUCAGAAGACAAGGGUCAAGAUGAAUGUGAGCAUGUUGAGAAGAACUGA